AGAGCAGAGCGCGUUUGGGUGGAAGGGAGGGCAACGCCAGGAAAUCCAAAGAGAGAGAGAGAGAAAAAAAUAAGAAAUUCUCCAGGUGUGUCACCUCAUCACCGUGCUGGGUAACCAGAGACAGUGCGAAGGAAUUAUUGGAAGGAAACACUGCACGGUCGGAUUGACCGUUGUGAGAGAAUAUUUUACAAUCGGCAGUGAUUUAGUGACAGCCAUUUGCGGAGUCACAAGGUCAGCUCAGUGUUCACAGGAGACAACAGGAGUCAGACACUGCAGCCGCCAGCUCACGGGAAGAACCUGCUACUCCAGCAGGUUGAAAACAGGACAUUUCCGUUCUCACUGUCCACACCCCCACUCCCCCCUGACAUUCAAAGUGAGCCUCCCUUGAGAAACCCACACGGUGAAGUGCUGCUCUGUUCUCCAAUCUUUGUGUGUGAGAGAGACUGAGAGAAGAAGAAAAACGACAUUUCUCCUCAUGUCUUCUUCAGACGAAGAGAGUGUGAGCGAACGGUCGGGAAGCUUGUCCCCGUGUCCGGGGGAUACUUUACCCUGGAACCUUUCCAAACAUCAGAGGUCCAAGAGGCAAAGCCAGGAGUCGGUGCUGGACCCCGCGGAGAGAGCUGUGGUCAGAGUGGCUGAUGAGCGUGACAGAGUUCAGAAAAAGACGUUCACAAAAUGGAUCAACAAACAUCUCAUAAAGGUACGGAAGCACAUUAGUGACCUUUAUGAAGAUCUACGCGAUGGACAUAACUUAAUUUCACUUUUGGAAGUUCUCUCCGGAGUGACUCUGCCUCGUGAGAAAGGCCGCAUGCGUUUCCACAGGUUGCAGAAUGUACAGAUUGCACUUGACUACCUAAAGCAACGGCAGGUGAAACUAGUAAAUAUUAGAAAUGAUGACAUUACUGAUGGAAAUCCUAAAUUAACACUUGGUUUAAUUUGGACCAUAAUUCUACAUUUUCAGAUCUCCGAGAUCUAUGUGGGUGGAGAAUCAGGUGACAUGUCAGCUAAAGAAAAACUAUUACUUUGGACUCAGAAAUUGACGGAAGGUUACUCUGGGUUAAAAUGCUCCAAUUUCACCUCUAGCUGGAGUGAUGGAAAAGUAUUCAAUGCCAUUAUCCAUAAGUACAGGCCAGAUCUCAUUGACAUGGAGAAAGUUGCACUUCAAAGCAAUCAGGAGAAUUUGGAGCAAGCCUUUGCUGUUGCUGAAGCACUUGGUGUGACAAGACUGUUGGAUCCAGAAGAUGUUGAUGUUCCAUCUCCGGAUGAGAAGUCAGUCCUCACUUAUGUCUCCUCCAUAUAUGAAUCAUUUCCAAAGGUCCCAGAGGGAGGUGAAGGUGUCAAUGCAAAUGAGGUUGAUUCUAAAUGGCAGGAAUACCAGAAUAAAGUAAACUACCUCUUCCAGUGGAUCGGGCAACACAUCAUACUGACGUCUGAUCGAGCUUUUCCACAUAAUCCUGUAGAACUUAAGGCACUUUAUAAUGAAUAUGUACAUUUUAAAGAAACUGAAAUACCAGCAAAAGAAGCAGAAAAGGCACAAAUACAACAUUUAUAUAAAUUAUUUGAGGUUUGGAUAGAGUUUGGUCGAAUUUUGCUUCCCCAAGGAUACCACCCCAACGAUGUAGAGGAAGAAUGGGGCAAACUGAUCAUUGAAAUGUUGGAGAGGGAGAAAGCCCUCAGACCUGCAGUCGACAGGCUGGAACUAUUACUGCAGAUUGCCAAUAAAAUCCAAAAUGGAGCUUUGAACUGUGAGGAAAAAAUAACAUUGGCCAAAAAUACUCUGCAAGCUGAUGCUGCUCACAUAGAGUCAGGCCAGCAGGUUCAAUAUGAAACUGAAGUACUUCUGUACUUAGAGGAAUGUGAGCAAAUAAUACGGCAGCUUCAAAUUGAUGUGCAGAUUCUGAGAGAUGAGAAGUAUUAUCAAGUGGAACAGAUUGCAAUGAGAAUUAUUAAACUACAGGAUGAGCUUGUGGCAUUGAGACUUGAAUGCACAAACUUGUACAGAAAAGGACAUUUUAUCUCCUCCACAGAGCAUUUGCAACCUUUGAACUUGACUGUCACUGACUUAACAACUGAUGUCUGUUCAGGCACUUUGCAUGCCACUUCCCUUAUGGGGUUUAAAAAGCCCAUGACAAGAUCAGAAUUGAUUGCAGUCUCUUCAACACAAGAUGAAGGAAACCUGAGAUUUGUCUAUGAGCUUUUGGCUUGGGUGGAGGAAGUGCAGGUAAGGCUUGAUCGAGCUGAGUGGGGCACUGACUUGCCUAGUGUGGAGAUACAGCUUGAUAACCACAAGACAAUCCACACUGCGGUAGACAAACUGGAAUCUAGCCUUAAAGAAGCUAAAAUCUAUGAAGGUCAAAUCUCUCUCAAUUUCAAGACCAGUUAUGUAGAUACAUUAGGUAAACUGGAGCUACAAUACCUCAAACUACUGGAAACUUCAAGGUUACGAAUGAAGCACUUGACUAGUUUGCACAGUUUUGUUUCAAAAGUGACAACAGAGCUUAUCUGGCUAAAUGAAAAGGAGGAGGAAGAAUUGGCUUAUGACUGGAGUGACAACAAUACGAAUAUUUCUGCCAAGAAAGAAUAUUUCCUUGAACUGAAGAAAGAGUUGGAGCAGAAGCAGAAAGUUAUUAAAUCCCACCAGGAAACAGGAGAACAUCUUUCACUGGAGAACCAUCCAGCCAGGCAGACGGUUGAGGCAUACAGUGCUGCCCUUAAGACACAAUGGCACUGGAUCAAACAAUUAUGUUGCUGCGUGGAACAACAUGUAAAAGACAAUACUGCUUACUUCCAGUUUUCAACUGACAUUAAAGAAGCAGAACAGUAUUUACGGAACCUUCAAGAGACAAUAAAGAGAAAAUAUAAGUGCGACCGGACCAGUAGUCUGUCAAAACUAGAGGAUCUACUUCAAGAUUCCAUGGAUGAAAAGGAGCAGCUGAUCAAGUACAAGAGUUCCAUAGCGAGUCUUGUUGGGAGAGCAAAAACAAUUGUUCAAUUGAAACCAAGAAACCCUGAUAAUGCUAUAAAAACCACAAUCCCAAUCAAGGCUAUCUGUGACUACAGGCAGAUUGAGCCGCUUGGCACCAUGCAGCAUCCAUCAACUGGGAAGGUUAAAGGGUCUGGGCCGCAGUCAACAUUCCAUAACCACUGUCAGUGUCACUUCGGAAUUGGCCAGCAGGAGAUUACUGUCUGUAAAAAUGAUGAGUGCGUUCUGGAGGAUAACUCUCAUCGAACCAAGUGGAAAGUUAUUAGUCCAACUGGAAAUGAGGCAAUGGUUCCAUCUGUCUGUUUCACAAUCCCUGCACCAAAUGAAGAAGCAAUUGAUACUGGCAGCAGGGUUGAACAAAUGUAUCAGAAUGUUAUGGCUUUGUGGCACCAGCUGCAUGUUAAUAUGAAAAGUGUUGUGUCCUGGAAUUACCUAGUGAAAGAUAUUGAAACCAUUCACUCCUGGAACAGAGAAACUUUUAAAACUCUGAAAGCAAAUGAGCAAGCGCAUGCGUUGAAAAAUCUCCAGAUGCAUUUUGAGGAUUUUCUUGAGGACAGCCAGGAGUCUCAGGUCUUCUCCAUUGCAGACAGAUUACGGUUAGAGGAAGAUGUUGAUAACUGUAAGGAACAGUGUGAGAAGCUACUAGUAUCCAUGAAAACAGAAGAGAAGGAUGAAACGUUGAGUAAAACAUACAUCUCAGAGCUUCAAAACAUCUGUCUGCGACUAGAGAAGUAUCAAGACCAAUUAAUACGUAGGAUUCAGGCCUCUGUUGAAGGCAAUGCCGUUCAAGAUAGUGCCUUCAGAAUCGUUGAGCAAGAGAACAUGCAGCAGGAACUAGAUGAAUUGAAAUCUGAAUUAAAUCAAUUGACAAAAAAAUGUGAGCGUUUUUUCCACCAGUCUCCCUCUGCAGCAAGUAUUCCGGCUUUGCAUUCUGAUGUGGACUUGGUAGUACAGAAGAUGAAUCAAGUGCAUUCGUUAUCCUCCACUUACAUGGACAAGCUGAAAACCGUGGAUAUUAUGUUGAAAAGCAGUCAAGGAGCUGAGCUGCUUGUAAAAAUGUAUGAAAUGAAGCUGAGUGAGGAAGAUGUGGUACCAGUAGACAAGGAGGCUAUUGAAAGACACAGAACCUUACUACAGCAAUGGCUUCAUGAUGUGAAUGAUAAACAAGAUGUGUUUUCCUCUUUGGAUGAGGAAAUGCAGCAAGCGAAUGCUGUUGGUGAACAUCUCUUCCAGCUACACAAUGAACGCAACUUGGAUUUGGAACGAUAUCAAGAAAAGGCAGUGCAGCUGAAGGAUCGGUGGCGAAAUAUCCGUUCACAGAUUGAAACCAGAGAAUCUGAAUUGGAAAGCAUUGAAGUGUUAUUAGAGAAUUACAGAGGCUGCCAUCAGUCACUGAUAGAUUGGAUUGAAGAAACAAGUGCACAGCAAGAGAAAAUGGAACCAGGCAAAGCUGAAGAUAGCAAGAUCCUGUCACAGCAACUUAAUCAACAAAUGGCAUUGGUUGCUGAGAUUGAAAAGAAUCAAACUAAAUUAGAUGAAUGCCAAAAUCUGUCCAAACAGUACUCUGUUUCUGUAAAGGAUUAUGAAUUGCAGCUAAUGACUUACAGAGCAUUUGUUGAAUCCCAUCAAAAACCAACUGCCAAACGCCGGAGAAUGCACUCCUCAUCAGAUGCCAUAACCCAAGAGUUCAUGGACCUUCGAACCCAGUACACAGCAUUGGUUACACUUACAACGCAACAUGUUAAGUACAUCAGUGAUUCUUUAAGGCGCCUGGAGGAAGAGGAAAAAGUUGUUGAAGAGGAGAAACAUGAGCGUGUUGAAAAAAUGAAGGAGCUCCUUGGCUGGGUUUUGAAUACCAGUCAUGAAGUAAAAAACAGGAAUGCUCUACCAGAAGAGGGAGACGUGAGAUCAAUUGAACAGUCAUUUUGUGAGCAGCAGGCAAUUACAGAAGAACUCCAUGCCAAGAAAGAUCAAAUAGCAGAAGCAAUCAAAACAACACAGAUCUUUCUAGCAAAACAUGGGAACAGGAUGUCUCUGGAAGAACAGCAACAAGUGACGUCACAGUUGAACAUGCUAAAAGAAACAUAUGGUCACUUGUGUGAGCAAUCUGCAGAGCAACUUCAGCAACUACAGGAUAAACUGACUCAGGAAGUGCAGCGCAAGGAGAAUGAAACAAUUGCAGGCGUGAUCGACCUGGGAACAGUAGAAAUGUUUUCAAUUUUCCAUGCCAUGCAGAAGGGCCUUAUAGAUCAGGACACGGGGCUUGCUUUGCUGCAAAUUCAAGUAAUUAAUUCUGGCCUCAUAACCCCUGAUGCAAAUGAAAGUCUAACAGUGGAAGAAGCUUUCGAAAGAGGUGCACUAGAUGACCAAACAGCUAAAUGUUUAAAAAAUCUGCAGACUGCAGUACAGCUGCUGAAAAGUGCAAGCUUUAGAAGUAAGAAGCUUUUGCCUGUUGCUGCUGCUAUUGAAGAGAAGAAAAUUGAUGAGAAUGUUGGGCUGAAGAUUUUGGAGGCACAGCUUUGUAGCGGUGGUCCUUGUCACCCAUCGGUGGAUGAAGCUGUGAAUUUGGAUAAGACUUUACAACAGGGACUGAUUAGUACUUCUCUUCAUGCAAAGUUGAAAGUGAGACAAAGAAUGCAGAAAAGCCUCAUUGAUCCAAACACAGGAGAAAAGCUCAAUCUUUCAGAACUGAUUGAACGGUGCAUUGUUGAUAAAGAAACUGGAUUGAUAUUAUUUCCAAUAAAACAACUUGCUGGUGGAAUGGUGUGCCUGAAAUCAGGUAGAAAAGUUAGCAUAUUCCGUGCUAUUCAGGAAGGCCUGAUAGAUCAACAGGUGAUGGUAAGACUUUUGGAAGCCCAGCUGUUUGCUGGAGGCAUUGUAGAUCCCAGAACAGGGCACCGAUUAACAGUGGAUGAAGCAGUCAGACAUAAUUUAAUUGAUCAUGACAUAGCCUGUUCCAUAUUAAUUCGCCAAAUCCAGAUGGGUGGUGUAAUUGACCCUGUCUCAGGUCAACGGCUAACACUAGAUGAAGCCGUGCAACGGGAUUUAAUGACUUCAAGAACUGCAUUGGUUAUAUUGCAGUCCCAGUUGUCUUUUAAAGGUUUGCUGUGGCCAGAAUCUGGUGAAGUCCUUCCAAUGGCUAACGCUUUGCAACAGGGACUUGUCUCCACAGAACUUGCACACAAAAUCCUGAAGAAGAGAGCCACAAUAUCAGAACUUUACAUCCCAGAAACAACUAAAGUGCUGUCCUGGAAAAAGUCAAUUCAAUGUGGAUUUGUAGACUCUAAAGUUGCUGAAGUGUUAAAGUCUAUUCAUAUACCUGAUAUGAUACCAAAUAUCAAAGAACCAAGUACUGCAAACCUGAACAGAUUGAAUUGGUCGCCAGUCUCUGAAAGCCUGGCAAAUUCCAAUUUGACAUGCCUAGAUAUCGACAGUGGUACUGUAACCUCUGAUAGUCAAGUAGCAGACGAAAAGCUGUUGUCAUAUUUGAUGGCACAAACUUACAUGGAUGUACACACCGGUAACAGAUUACUUUUGGUUGAUGCUGAGUUGAAUGACAUCACAAAAGAAAUCAUAGGUGCAACUGUGGUCGUGAAAAAGAAAGGUCUGUUGGAUGAAUGCAAUGGAGAGGAUAUUUCAAUGGAAAUAAAUGCUCCACAAUUUGUUGAAAUGUGUUAUUCAGAUAAUGUAAUGUUAGAGCAGAAUGACAAAUUAAAAGCAAGUGAUGAGAAGAAAACAGAAGUUCUUCAUGGAAAGCAUGAGUCAAGCUCAGACAUACAGAUUAAGGAAACUAUAAUUGGCAAAGAAAUAGCAGUCAGUAAAAAAAUUGAUUUGGUCUUUCAAGAAUUAGGUAACAAACCAGGAACAUGUGAAGAUGUUCUAUUAAAUAAAGCACAGCCAACGACUAAAAGAAAAAAGAAAAUGAUGAAGCGUGAGACUGAGAAAGAAAAAAAACAAACACUGGCUAAAUCUAAGCCUGUCACUAGUGUAAUCAUCAAUGAAAUUGCUAUUGCUGACAAACCUACAGAACGACAAUAUAAACCAUCCAUAUCUAACCAAGAUACUGACAAUUCACUUUCUGUGGUAACUGCCAUGAAAAAUCUAUUGCCUCCUCAAAGGCAGGAUGACAUUAACAAAGGAAUCAUUGAACUGCAGGCAGCUGUACCAUUAUUUGGUUCAGCAAUAGAUGGUACAGCAUCUACAACUCAAAAGUUGCUUCAAGAAUCUCAUGAUAGGUUUGAACUCUAUUCUUUACAAUCAAGCUAUGAUGGAGUUGCUUCUCUCCUAAAUACCAGCAAGAGUGAACCAAUAUUAUGUGAAGAAAUUGAACAAGACCAUCUGAAUGAGACAAUAAAAGAUAAAAGUGAAAAAUUGUCUAACGGAGGACAAAAGUCUGAGCAAUAUGAAGUAGUAGAAGCUGUCCAAUACUUAAAACCUGCAUUAAAGUCGAUUCCAACAGAAGAAUUAUUGGAAGAGAAAUUGGCAUUAAGUUGGCUGAUUGAUCAGCUUCAAAGUGGAGGCAUCAUUGAUCAAACAGGACAAAAACUAGCACUCAAUGAAGCAGUGGCCAAAGGAGUGCUGCAAAGCCACACUGCUCUCAAACUGAUGGAAAAGCUGUGCAUCUUCAGUGGCUUCUUUGAUCCUCAAUCCUGUGAGACGCUUACAGUAGCUGAGGCGGUAGAUGAAGGACUUGUGGAUGAACAGUUGAUUCAUAAGAUAUUCAACUCUGAGAAAGUUAUUUGUGGUGUAAUUGAUCCGGAAAACUCUUGCAUACACUCUGUUCAAGGUGCAGCUGAAGUUGGCCUACUGGAUGAGGAAACUGCAGCCAGAAUCCUGGAGGGACAGGUGGUUUCCGGUGGAAUCAUUGACUUAAAGCGAGGCAAACAGUUAUCAGUGACUUUAGCAUCAAAAAUGGGCUUGGUAGAUAAUGCACAUCUGGAUAAUUUGGCCAAGCUGGAGAAGGCCAUUAAAGGAAAGGAAUCGGAUGAGAAGACAAGACUGAGAAAGUUUUCAUUACAACUGGAAAUGAAUGGCAUAGUGGACCCGCAAACAAAAGAAUGCUUGACUAUUGUUGAAGCAAGAAAGAGAGGUAUCCUUGAUAAAGCAACCAUUCUUAAUCUUUUGAAAAAACAGGUGGUUUUGGGGGGGAUUAACCAUGACUUAUCAGGAACUAGACUUGAUAUAACUGCCGCAACAAAUUGUGGUCUCAUUGACCAAGAUAUAGCUGACGAAUUAAUUGAUGUAGAGAAAGCUUGUCAGCAUGUGUAUCUCCAUCCUAAGACAAUGCAGCCAGUCUCUUUGUCUGAAGCUGCAAAAUUAGGUCUUGUGAACUCAAACUUUGCUUUGGAAGUUCAAGAACUCCAGGCUUUGAGUGGCAGGUUUAAAGAACCAGGAACUUCCAAAAAUCUGACUUUAACUCAAGCUGCAAAGCAAGGAUGGUUAGAAAAAUCGUUAAUGGAAAAGGCAAUGGCUUCUCCUGAAAUGAGUGAGGGAAUUGUGGAUCCUGCACAGUGUACGAUAUUACCUUACUCAGAGUUAAUAAAAAAAGGAAAAAUUGACAUGGAAUCUGGCAAGAGAUAUUUGGAGGUUGGAUAUUUUACAGGAAUUGUAGAUGAUGUCUCUGGCAGGAUGUUAACUAUUGCUGAAGCAGUAAAAGAAAUGAAAGUGGAUCCAGUGCCAGCUUUGCGACUGCUGCAGGCCCAAGCUAAUAGUGGGGGAAUUGUGGAUAGAGCUACUGGUAACAGAAUGACUCUUGCGAAAGCAGCAGAGUAUGAACUGGUAGAUGACAACAUGCUUAAGACUAUUGCUGCAAAUCAACUUUUGAAUGGAGGAAUAUUUGAUGCACUUACUGGAGACAAGAUGCCACUGGUUCAAGCAGCUGAAAGUGGUCUGAUUAGUCAAAAGGUGGCCAAGGAAAUCCAAUUCAGUUUGGGUUUUAGGAAUGAAUGGACUGCUUCCGACCACACUAGUGCUGUAGAGGCGAUAGAAAUUGUUAAACCCAUAAUGCAAAAAACCUCUUUCAAGGAAUUAUCCGCAAAUGAAAUGAACCAGAUGAUACCUCCAAGAACAAAUAUUGAAGACCCGUUGAGUGGUGAAGUUGGAACAGUCACUUCCAAAAGUGAAGGGCUGUUGUUGCCUGAAGUACCUGAAAUGGAUAAAAUAACAGUUAAAGAAGAUCUAUUACCUCAUACUCGCCAUAACUCAAGUUCCCAUGGUCAGAUAGUCUCUGCUCAAGAAGCUUUGAUGUGUAUGCAUAGAGAGAUUGAACUUGGAGAUGCAAAGAAAGUGGUUGAAGAGAUGGAGUUUUCUGAUGCCUCAGAGGAAUGCUUAAACAUUAUGGAGAAAGAACUGGACAUUUGUUUGGAAAUGAGUGAGUGUCAGAAGUUUGUGGAAGGAAAUGAUCAUAAUUUUGGAAGUGGAACGCAAAGCAUGCUUUGUAAGAAUGUAGUAAGUAAGAGUGAUCAAGAAGUCUGUUUAGUGGAUAAUGAAAAGAAAGAACCCAAAUCAGAAGAAAAGGAACAACUGAUUUUACCAAGUAUAAAAGAUCUUCCCAAUUAUGAGGCCAAGGGAAUGAAGGAAUUGAUAAAACAACGAUUGGAAGAUGAAAUCUCAAGAGACAGUGUGCCUAGACGUUGUAAAGGAAGAGAUGCACUUAUAAGAAAAAACAAGGAAACCAUUCAAAAGCUGGAUGAUGAAAACUUAACUGAAAUGAAGCUUUUUGGAAUGGAAACAAAUAUUGGGCGCCCUGAAGAAUCAAAUGUAGAAGCAGCAGAACAAGAAAAUGGAGAGCCAAAUGGACAAUUAAUAGGUAAAAUAUCUGAAGGAAAACUUUUCAGUGUUAGUGGAACAGCACUAUCUGCUCUGCCCACAGAAAGUAUGUUUCUAACUAAUGACACAGUAAGUGAAAACUUGAUCAUGCUUUCAAAAGAUAAGCACCUAUCUCCAGAAUCUCAAGAAAUAUUCAUCACAAAGAUAAGUGAAGGUGAAAAAUCAAUAACAUUCUCAAAGGAAGAGGAAAAGACUGAAUUUGUUGAAAAGCUGAAUAACACUUUAGGCCAGAAAAUUGCACCGAAUUCUAAUGCAACUGAUAGAAGUGACCUAUUAGGCAACGUUGAAACUGCCCAGAUGACCAAUGAAAAUUUCCUGCAGAAACAAACUGAAGAAUUAACAUUUAUGAAUUUGAAUGAGCAAGGAGAUAAUAACAAAGAUACCAGAAGCAUUGAGGACAGACCAGAAGAGGAACAAAAGCAGCUUAUGUGUAGUAAACAACAAUGCCUGAUACAUGAUGAGAAUCUCGUCCGUUACCUUUCUCUUGUACUGGAUGUUGAGGUCAGACUGAAGCAGCAGCAAUCACCUGUUACUGACAUAGCUGUGCUUCGUGAACAGUUCCACUCGGCAGAGAAUUUCGAAGUAGAAUUGGAGGAACUUUCAAUCCUGAUUGAACAGGAGCUGGCAUCAGUAAAUAAAAUACUUGAAGGAUGCACUCAAUAUGUGCCUGAACAGUUACGGAAAGCACUUGAGAAAGACUCAAAAAACCUGCAAAUAUCAUUUGCCUCUGUUCGUGAAGUGUCAAAAACCUGGCAUGGAACUCUGACAAACAUAUUGGCAACUGAAAAAAAUAAAGUCAUCACUGAAUAUGAUCAACUUCAAAAGAAGCAAGGAACACUUCUGGACUUGUUAAUUCAAACCACACAAACCGUGUAUAAGAUAGAAUCAAGGACAUCAAAAGAUGUGAUGGCCUUGAAACAGAAUCUGCAGCAAUGUAAGGAACUGAAACAGUCACUGUCGCACAUUAAAGCAGAUAUUGAUGAUUCAGCUUUUGAUGUUCAAUACUUUAUUUCUGAACGUGCCCAAGACCUAACCCCUCAACAAAGCAGACAGUUGCUUAGACUAUUAAAUGAACUACAGCGAUCAUUCAGGGAAACAUCUGAAAAAGUUUUGGAACAAAUAGAAGCAUUAGAUCUUCACCUUCAGGAUGAAGAGUCCAUGGAGUUCAAGAAGGCACAGCAAGAGCAACAAGAGGAAUGCAGACAGAAACUGGAUGAGCUCAUGACAUGGCUGGCUCAGACAGCUAGCAGAGUAGCCAGUCACCAGGUGGCAGUUGGUGAGAGUGAUCUGCCAGCUCUUCGUCAGCAGCAGAGUGCAAUUCAGGCUCUGCAAGAAGAUGUGCAAUCACAUGCCUCUGUGGUAGAGGAUGUAAACAAAGCCACACAACGUCUAUUGGAGAAUCAAGGCAAGCUGGAUUCUGAUGAACUAGCAGCAGUUGAAACAAAAUUGAUGGAAGUAAAGGCUCAGCACCAAGUCUUGUGCCAAAGUACUGAGACACUUCAGAAGCAUGUAGGCAAUGCCUUAACAAAAGCUAUCCAGCAAGAAACUGAGAAGGCUCAAGCAGCCAAAGAAUUUGAAGAAAACAAAGGUAAAAUAGAUGGCCUUUUAAGGUGGCUCUCUGCCAGGCAACAGCAGGCAGAAUCAUGCUCCCAACCUGUGCUGCUUCAGGAAGAACUAAGCUUAAAGCCUGAUGAUGAAUUGGAUGCAUUAAAAAAUGACUUGCAACUACAAGGCCCGAAUGAUGUAACGCAUACUGUGGCUGAGAUGAGUGUAAAACUAAACCAGCAGCAGCAGGCAUUAAAGGUCAGUCAUGAAUACUUGUUAUCGCAACAGCAAGCUUUCCUAUUAGCAACGCAGUCAGCUCAAUCCUUCUUGGACAAGCAUAGCCAUAACCUUUUACCGGAACAGAGAGAGCAGCUGCAGAAUAGUCUGAAUGAGUUGAAGAUACAGUAUGAAACAGCAGUGUUGCAAGCAGAAACUCAACUGAAACGUGUGCAGGCUCUGCAGGAAGAACUCCAAAAAUUUCUGAAAGAUCAUGGUGAGUUUGAGGCCUGGCUAAGCCAAUCUGAAAAUGAACUUGAAGAGAUAAAAAUUGGAGAAAUGGACAGCAACUUGUUAGAAAUCAGACUGCAGAGACACAAGAGUUUCUCUGAGGAUAUUAUUUCUCAUAAAGGGGAUUUAAGAUACAUCACAAUCUCUGGACAAAAGGUUCUGGACAUUGCAGAUGCCUUUGAAAGCAAUACAAAUGAAAAUUUUAAAACCCCAGUCGAUCCUUCUGUUGCCAGCACACUAGUGAAGAACAAGUUGGAAGAUGCCAAAAGUCGUUAUAACACACUUCAUUCCAAAUGCAAUGAACUUGGCUGUCACCUGAUGAAUAUGUUGGAAAAAUACCAAUAUUUCCAAGAUGUUGCCAAUGGAUUGGAUGUGUGGUUGGAGAACUCUGAGACAACUGGGGAUGAACUUCUGUCAGAAACCAUUUCUUCUGAUCCACAAAGCCUGCAGAUGCAGCUUGAGUGUAUCAAGGUGCUUCAGGAAGACUUAGCAGAACACGAAAUCAGUGUAGAAAAGUUGCAGCAAGCAGCAAAAUCAUUACUGUCCUUGGACGAUGACCUCAUUCUAAACCAGAAUCACAUUCAACAAACAGCAGGUUCUGUCACACAGAGGUAUAAAAAUCUAUCAGAGAUGGUAUCAGAGCGCAGUAAGAAGGUGCAGAUAUCAAUUUCUCAGUCCCAAAAUGUUCAAGAAGGCUUGGAUAACUUGCUGGACUGGUUGGAAAACACUGAAAAGAAUUUGAAAAAUCAGGAUACUUUAUUAACUUCAUGUGCUGCCAUCCAGGAUACCCUUGCUCAAAAUACCAAAUUUAAACAGGAUAUUGCUAGCCAUCAAAGUAGCAUCAACACAAUAGAGGAAAUGGUUUGUGGUUUCAUUGAAAAUGCAGAUGGAGCAACUGCUUCCUCACUCCAAGAGAAACUUGACCAGCUGAAAAGCCAAUUGGGAGCAGUGUGCAAUGAACAGCAGGAGAAGGAAGAGAAGUUGAGAAAGCUGCUACCCAAAAUGGAACAGUUUGAGAAUUUGGUGCAGGAUGUGGGACAGUUCAUGGAAAGUAAAUCACAAAGCCUGGCAGAUGGAGCAGAUCCAAAUAAAGACAUUGCUUAUUUUUCACAGCAAAUAUUGGAGGAGAGUGAAGAAAUGGUAAAGCAAAGAGAAAAUCUGCAGACUCUACAACAACUGGCCGAGGAGCUGACAAUAUCUGGCAAUUUGAUAGACAAGAAUCAGCUUGCAGAAACUGUCAAAAACUUAACAAGAAGAUACAGACAUUUAGAGCAAGAUGUUAAGAAGAGGGAAGAAGAAGCAUUAUCCUGCCAGCAACAUCUGAAUGAAUUCACAUUUCUAGUAGAGUCAGUUAAAAAAUGGUUAAAGGAAACAGAAGCUAGUGUGCCAGCUUUUGAAUCUGCGCUUGAUACAGAUGUGCUGGAGAAACAGGUCCAACAAGUAAAGAUCCUAUUGGAGGACUGGUCAUCAAAAUCUUCACAUGUGCAGGAAAUAAAUCAUAAAGGAACCCAGUUAGAAAAUCUCAUCAUGGAGAUAACAUCACCUGAUACUUCCCUAUUGUCCAGUAAAACAGGUUCUGUAAUGAUGAAUGGUGGAGUGACUGCACCUAGUAUGAAUGGGUACCACCGAAACAAAGAUUUUGCAGAAAUUCAACAAAGUGUCUCUGAUGUGAAUCAUGAUUAUAAGACCCUUGGAAAUAUACUAGAGGAAUGUCAGGACCACCUUCAGGCCACAAUUCGACAAAUACAAGAGAUUCAAGAAGAAACCAAUUCUGUUAUGAAAUGGCUAGAGUUAAAAGAGCAUUCCUUGACCAGCUUGAAUUCGUCACCAGCUAAAGCUCAAGCUGUGAAAACACAAGUAGAGCAAAACAAGGCAUUUCUUGUUGAGCUUGAACAGAAUUCUGGAAAAGUUGAGAAGCUGAAAAAGACUUUACAUGACUUAUUGAAAAAAAAUCCAGAUUCACCAGAAGCAAAGAAGUUAACAGAAGUGCUAGAACAAAUAGAGUCAAAGUGGACUCAUGCCAAUCAGACAGUAACUGAAAGACAACAAAAACUUGAGGAAUCAGCCAAUCUGCUCUCAAGAUUCCAGAAUACAGAAUCACAGCUCAGUCCAUGGCUAUCAGAGAAGGAGUUAAUGAUGAGUGUACUGGGUCCUCUAUCAAUUGAUCCAAAUAUGCUGCGUGCUCAGAAACAACAAGUACAGUUUAUGUUGAAAGAAUUUGAGACUCGUAAGCCCCAGUAUGAGCAACUAAACAAAGCAGCAGAAGGCAUACUCUGUGCAUCUGGAGAUGUAUCUCCUCCUGACAGCCAGCUGAGCGAUCAGCACAAAGCUAUUAAUGGCAAAUGGAAUAAACUUACCAAUCAGCUCAGCAAUCGUUCCAGUCAAAUUGAUCAAGCCAUAGCCAAGAGUACAGAGUACCAAGAGCUACUGCAGCAGCUCACUGACAAAGUCAAGAUUCUCUGUGAUAAACUAAACAACCAGGCUGUGAUUAGUACUCAGCCAGAUGUUGUCAAACAGCAACUUGAAGAAAUCAGUGAAAUUCGCUCAGAUUUGGAACAGCAAAAGGAGCAUAUUGAACAGGCACAGAUUCUCUCUGAUAACCUGUCUUCUCUCGUUGGUGAACAGUAUUUAAAAGAUGAACUUCGGAAGCGCCUAGAAGCAGUCGUAAUGCCAUUUAAUGGUCUUGUAGAGAGAGCAGGUGAUCGGAUAAACGAACUUCAGACAAUUCUGGCCAGUUCUCAGCAGUUCCAACAAACCUUCGAUGAACUCAAGCUGUGGCUAGAUGACAAAUGUAGUGAACAUGCUCAAAGGUCUCCUGUGUCUGCAAACCUUGAUAUUUUACAGUCUCAGAUAAGUGAGCAGGAAGAGUUCCAAAAGAGCCUGAAUCAGCAUUCAGGCUCGUAUGAGAUGAUUCUUGCUGAAGGAGAGGCUCUAUUUCGAAGUGCCCAACCUGGGGAAGAAAAAAUGAUCCUUCAGAGUCAGCUGUCAUCUCUUAAAGGACAAUGGAAUAAUCUCACCAAACUGGUUACAAGCAGACAUUCUAAACUUAAAGAGUGCUUGCAGAAAGCACAAAAGUACAGACAGCAUGUGGAAGACUUGCUUCCAUGGAUUGAAGAUUGUGAAUUUAAAAUUAAAGAACUGGUGAUCACUGUUGAUCCAGGACAACUCAACUCCUCUUUAGCUAAUGCUAAAGAUCUGCAUCAUGAUGUGGAGAAACACCACUCCCUGCUGGAAAUAAUGAAUACUGCUGCUGAUAUGCUUGUUGAGUCUUGUCAGGUCAAUGAAGAAGAUAUUAGGGAUGAAAAAGCAGGUUUAAAUCAAAGAAUGGACCUUAUUACAGAGCAUCUUCAAACCAAGAGUGAAUCAAUCGAGGAAAUGGCUCAAAGGCUAAAGGAGUUUCAGGAUUCCCUGAAAAACAUUCAGAAGAAACUUGAUGGUACAAAGCAACAGCUUGAAAUAUAUGAUGCUCUUGGACCCCAAGCCUAUAGUAAUAAGAAUUUGGAAAAGCUAAGGACACGGCAGGAAUCUUUGCAAAUGUUAGAGCCACAAGUAGAGUACCUGAGAGACCUUGCCCAAGGACUAGCAGAAGAUGCCCCUGAUGGUGCAGAUUCAUCACAGCUUCUACAGCAAGCAGAAGUUGUUCAACAAGAUUAUAGUGAUGUAAAACAAAGAGUGGAUGAAAGCUGUUUAUUAAUGGAAAACAAACUUCAAGGAAUUGGACAUUUUCAGAGCCGUGUACGGGAGAUGUUUUCGUACCUUGCAGACCUGGAUGAUGAACUGGACAGCAUGAGUCCUGUUGGCAGAGAUUUGGAUAGUUUGCAAUCUCAGAUUGAUGAUAUUAAGCAAUUCAUAAACAAACUUAAAGAAUUAAAGAAAGAUAUUGAAAUUUCAGAAAAAGAAUGCAGGCAGAUGCUAGAAGUAGAAGGCAGCCCAGACUUGCAGGGCCUGAACCGAGAGCUUGAAGCCUUGAGCAAACAGUGUGGUAAACUACUGGAACGAGGGAGGAAUAGACAAGAGCAAGUAGAGAUGACUGUUUCACGAGCUGAAGAUUUCUAUGAAAAACUCAAAGAACUGAAUAGCCUCCUAACUAAAGCAGAAGAGGGUGAAGAAUUGCAAGGGAUGGUGGGAGCAGAAGUUGAUGUUAUCAAUCAGCAAUUGGCAGACUUUAAGACAUUCCAGAAAGUUCAAGUGGAUCCCAUUCAAUACAAACUUCAGCAGGUUAAUGCAGUGGGGCAGGGUCUUAUUCAGAGUGCUGCAAAGAAUGCCAAUACCCAAGGACUUGAACAUGAUCUGGAUGAGACAAAUACCAGUUGGAACACGCUCAAUAAAAAGGUGGCAGAACGUAUUUCCCAAUUGCAAGAAGCACUGUUGCACCGUGGAAAAUUCCAGGAUGCUUUGGAGCCUUUGUUGAGCUGGCUUACCGAUACUGAAGAACUCAUUGCUAAUCAAAAGCCUCCAUCAGCUGAAUACAAAGUAGUGAAGGCACAAAUUCAAGAACAGAAGCUGCUGCAAAGACUACUAGAUGAUCGCAAAUCAACAGUGGAAAUCAUUGAGGCAGAAGGAGAAAGGAUAGCAGAAUCAGCAGAAACAGCUGAAAAAGAGAAGAUACAAAAACAACUACAGAGCCUGAGAGAGAGAUGGGACAAUUUGCUCAGCAAGGCCAUUGCAAGGCAGAGUCAAUUAGAGAAUAUAUUAGUCAUUGCAAAAGAGUUCCAUGAGACAGUAGAGCCCUUGAACGAGUGGCUGACCAGCAAGGAGAAGAAAUUGGCAAACUCUGAACCUGUAGGAACUCAAACUUCUAAAAUCCAGCAGCAAAUUGCACGCCAUAAGGCCUUGCAGGACGACAUCACAAACCAGAGCCAGAACAUCCAACAGGCUGUCAGUGUUGGCCAGUUUCUUGUGACGUUAAGUGCAAAAACAGACCAGAAGAUGGUAGAGGACAAGUUGGAGUCUGUCCAGACUCAGUAUAGGGAGAUUAGGGACAGGUGCAGCCGAAAGGCAGACCUGCUCCAGCAAGCCCUUGCCAAUGCCAAGAUCUUUGGAGAGGAAGAGGUGGAGGUGUUGAAUUGGCUGGCUGACAUUCAGGACAAGCUCAGUCUGGUGACCGUCAAAGAUUACAAAUCUGACAUCCUGCAUAAACAACACACAGAGCAGCUGGCUUUGAAUGAUGACAUUAUAUCCCGGAAGAAGAAUGUUGAUCAAGCCAUUAAAAAUGGUCAGGCCCUACUUAAACAAACAACAGGUGAAGAAGUGAUUAUAAUUCAGGAGAAGUUGGAUGGUAUCAAGACCCGUUAUGCAGAAAUUACUGCUUCCAGUUCCCGGGCACUGAAAAUAUUAGAACAGGUUCUGCAGCUUGCCACAAAAUUUCAGGCUUUUAAUGAAGAACUGUGUGGCUGGCUUGAUUUAGUAGAGGCCGAGCUUGCUGCAGGCACUCCACAGUCACCAGUUGGAGAACUGAUUCCACAGGUUCAUGAGAAACAGAAGGAGUUGAAGAAGGAGGUGAUGGAGUACAGGCUGGUUCUGGAUACUGUUAAUGAAGUGAGCAAUGCAUUACUAGAACUGGUGCCAUGGAGAGCACGAGAAGGUCUGGAUCGCCAGGUGGCAGAAGCCAAUGAGCGAUACAAAACUGUGAGUGACACUGUAACACAGAAAGUCGAAGCAAUCGAUGCUGCCAUUCAGAGAUCACAACAGUAUGAGCAGGCUGCUGACUCCGAGCUUACCUGGGUGGCAGAAACCAUGCGAAAGUUAACAGCCCUGGGCCCAAUAAGGCUCGAACAAGAUCAGACAACAGCUCAACUUCAGGUGCAGAAGGCCUUUUCAAUAGAUAUCAUAAGACACAAGGAUUCAAUAGAUGAAUUGUUAAACACUCAAGAAGAAAUUCUAAGUACCUGUGGUGAUGAGCAGAAAACAACAUUGCAGGAGAAAAUGGACUUGUUGCAGCAACAGUACGAGACAGUCAGUCUAAUGAACACUGAAAGGUACUCCCAAUUGGAGCGGGCACAAGUCCUUAUUAACCAAUUCUGGGAAACACAUGAGGAACUCUGCCCUUGGCUUGAUGACACCAGAAGCCUGAUAUCACAACUCCCACCACCAGCUGUUGAUCAUGAGAUGUUGAAACUACAGCAGGAGGAAAUGAGGCAACUCCGUGAAUCAAUCUCUGAACAUAAGCCUCAUAUUGAUAAAUUGAUGAAGAUUGGCCCUCAGCUGAUGGUUUUGAAUUCUGAUGAGGGUAAAAUGAUUCAUGAAAAAUACGCCACAGCUGAAGAACUUUAUGCUAAAAUAAAGCAGGAUGCGAGACAGCGGGCUUUGGCUUUGGAUGAAGCAAUUUCUCAGUCUGCUCAGUUCCAUGAUAAGAUUGAUCCAAUGUUAGAGUCCCUGGAAAACAUUGUUGAUCGGAUGCGGAUGCCUCCAUCAAUACCAGCUGAAGUUGAGAAAAUCAAAGAGCACAUCAAUGAGAACAAAAAUAUUGCAAUGGAGCUUGAAAAACUUCAGCCAUCUUUUGAAGCUCUUAAACGUCGUGGUGAGGAAUUGAUUGGACGGUCAUCUGGAGCAGAUGAAGAUCCUGCAGCUAAAGCCAUUCAAGACAAAUUGGAUGAGAUGGUAUUUUACUGGGAAGAUAUCAAAAGUCGUGGUGAAGAGAGAGAGAUUAAACUUCUGGAUGUACUUGAUCUGGCUGAAAAGUUCUGGUGUGACAUGGCUGCCUUGCUGACCACCAUUAAGGACACACAGGACAUAGUGAGAGACCUGGAGAGUCCUGGUAUUGACCCCUCAAUCAUUAAACAACAGCAAGAGGCGGCAGAGACAAUUAAAGAAGAGACAGAUGGACUCCAUGAAGAGUUGGAAUUUGUACGAAUCCUGGGAGCGGACCUCAUCUUUGCUUGUGGAGAAUUUGAAAAACCAGAAGUGAAGAAAAGUAUAGAUGAGCUCAAUUACGCAUGGGAUAACCUGAACAAAGCGUGGAAAGAGCGAAUGGACAAACUGGACGACGUCAUGCAGGCAGCUGUGCAAUACCAAGAUUCACUGCAAGCAAUGUUUGACUGGCUGGAUAAUACUGUGAUAAAACUUGGCGAGAUGUGUCCAGUUGGCACAGAUAUCAACACAGUGAAACAACAAAUAAACGAAAUGAAGGAGUUUAAAAUGGAGGUUUAUCAGCAGCAAAUAGAGAUGGAAAAAUUGAACCACCAGGGGGAGCUACUGCUUAAGCGAGCCUCAGAUGAAACAGACCGUGACAUAAUUCAGCAGCCACUGACAGAGCUCAAACACCUCUGGGAAGAUCUGGGAGAAAAGAUUAUUCUCAGACAGCAUAAGGUAGAAGGUGCCCUCCUGGCACUGGGUCAGUUUCAACAUGCAUUGGCUGAACUUAUGACCUGGUUGAAUCAUACAGAGGAACUAUUGGAUGGACAAAAGCCAAUUACUGGAGACCCAAAAGCCAUAGAAAUUGAACUUGCCAAGCAUCAUGUAUUGAAGAAUGAUGUUCUUGCCCACAAGUCAACGGUCGACACUGUAAAUAAAGCUGGGAAUGAACUUCUGGAGUCAAGUGCAGGGGAGGAUGCCAGCAACCUAAAGCGUCGAUUAGAUAAGUUAAAUCAGAGCUGGCAGUCACUGCUUUGGAAAACUGAAGGGAGAGAACAACAACUGGAAGCUGCUCUCCAGCAGGCUGAAGGUUUUCAUGGCGAGAUUGAAGAUUUCUUGCAGUGGCUGAGUCGAGUUGAGAAUCAGUUGGCAGCAUCCAAAUCCACUGGAGGUUUACCUGAGACAGCCAGAGAACAACUGAAUGUCCACUUGGAACUCUACAAAGAAUUUCAUGCUAAUGAGGAAGCAUACAAGAACUUGCUCGAGAAAGGCCGGCUGUUGCUGAGUGCUCGUGAUGAUGCUGCAGGAUCAAAUGUUGAGCAGUGCGUCACGUUAUUAGAACAGAAGUGGCAAUUGAUGAGUGCAAGGAUAGAGGAAAAGAAGACCAAGCUAGAAGAUGCUCUCAAUCUUGCAACAGACUUUCAGAAUUCCUUGCAAGAUUUCAUUAACUGGCUUACUCAAGCAGAGCAAAGUCUGAACAUUGCAGCUUCUCCUAGUCUCAUAGUUGAUACAGUACUUUUCCAGAUAGAUGAACAUAAGAUAUUUGCUAAUGAAGUUAAUUCUCAUCGUGACCAAAUCAUUGACCUGGAUAAAACUGGAAAUCAGUUAAAAUUUCUCUGCCAAAAACAGGAUGUGGUUCUGAUUAAAAACUUGCUGUUUAGUGUACAAUCACGUUGGGAGAAAGUGGUACAGCGUUCUGUUGAGAGAGGAAGAGCACUUGAUGAAGCCAGAAAACGUGCAAAGCAGUUCUUUGAAGCCUGGAAGAAGUUAAUUGACUGGCUAGAGGAGGCAGAAAACAAUUUGGACUGUGAUCUUGAAAUUUCCAAUGAUCCAGAUAAAAUAAAACUGCAACUGUCAAAGCACAAGGAAUUCCAAAAAACUCUGGGUGGGAAACAACCAGUGUAUGACACCACAAUCCGCAUGGGCCGCUCCAUGAAAGAUAAAGCUUCACUUACAGAUGACUGUCAGAAACUGGAUAAUCUGCUGGGUGAAGUGCGAGAUAAGUGGGACACUGUCUGUGGCAAAUCUGUUGAGAGGCAGCACAAGUUGGAGGAGGCACUUCUCUUUUCAGGACAGUUUACUGAUGCACUCCAGGCUCUAGUUGAUUGGCUAUACAAGGUUGAGCCACAGUUGGCUGAGGAUCAGCCUGUCCAUGGAGACCUAGAUCUUGUGAUGAACUUGAUGGAUGCCCACAAGGUUUUCCAAAAAGAACUCGGUAAGCGAACCAGUAGUGUACAGGUCCUAAAACGAUCAGCUCGUGAAUUGAUUGAGAAUAGUCGCGAUGAUACAACUUGGGUGAAAGUUCAGCUGCAGGAACUGAGCAUACGCUGGGACACAGUCUGCAAACUGUCAGUUUCUAAACAGACACGACUUGAGCAAGCACUCAAGCAGGCAGAGGAAUUCCGAAAUGCUGUGCAUGCUCUCUUGGACUGGCUUUCUGAGGCAGAGCAGUCACUUAGAUUCCGAGGGGUUCUUCCGGAUGAUGUGGAGUCUUUGCAGUCGUUGAUCGAUUUACACAAGGAAUUCAUGAAGAAAGUGGAGGAGAAGCGUGUGGAUGUAAAUAAAGCUGCUGGAAUGGGAGAAGCCAUUCUUGCAGUGUGUCACCCAGACUGUGUGACCACUGUCAAACACUGGAUCACGAUUAUCCGAGCCCGCUUCGAAGAAGUAUUGACAUGGGCAAAACAGCACCAGCAACGAUUAACAACUGCACUGUCAGAGUUGGUCACCAAUGCUGAAUUAUUGGAUGAGUUGCUGGCCUGGUUACAGUGGGCUGAAACCACACUAAUACAGAGAGAUCAAGAUUCCAUGCCAAAAGACAUUGAUCAGGUUAAAGCACUCAUCACAGAGCAUCAGUCUUUCAUGGAAGAAAUGACUCGCAAACAACCAGAUGUGGAUAAAGUAACAAAAACAUACAAGCGGAAAGCAGUAGAACCAUCCCACAUGCGAGGAAGAAAACCCCUCAGUCAGAUGACUAGUCCACCUGCACCCACUGCUAUCCCAUCACAGACUGAAACAAAGAACCCCCAAAUAAAUCUGCUUUCUGGCAGAUGGCAGCAGGUCUGGUUACUGGCACUGGAGAGACAGCGCAAGCUCCAUGACUGUUUGGACAGGCUGGAAGAAUUGAAAGAGUUUGCCAACUUUGACUUCGAUGUUUGGCGGAAGAAAUAUAUGCGAUGGAUGAACCACAAGAAAUCUCGAGUGAUGGACUUUUUCCGGAGGAUUGAUAAGGAUCAAGAUGGAAAGAUCACAAGACAAGAGUUCAUUGAUGGAAUCCUGUCCUCAAAGUUCCCCACCAGUAAACUGGAAAUGACUGCGGUUGCUGACAUCUUUGACCGAGAUGGAGAUGGUUACAUUGAUUAUUAUGAAUUUGUGGCUGCACUUCACCCAAAUAAAGAUGCCUACCGACCUGUGACUGAUGCUGACAAAAUUGAGGAUGAGGUAACACGGCAAGUGGCACAAUGUAAAUGUGCAAAACGAUUUCAGGUAGAGCAAAUUGGAGAAAACAAAUACAGAUUCUUCCUUGGAAACCAGUUUGGGGAUUCUCAGCAGUUGCGCCUGGUGCGUAUACUGCGAAGCACCGUAAUGGUCCGUGUUGGAGGAGGCUGGAUGGCAUUGGAUGAAUUCUUAGUAAAAAAUGAUCCCUGCAGAGUUCAUCAGGGGAAAAAAUUGUUACAGUCGGAAUCGAAUUCUUCGAUUUCUAAUCAGUCUCCAAUAGCAAGGGGACGAACCAACUUAGAACUGCGGGAGAAAUUUAUCUUGCCAGAAGGUGCCUCUCAGGGUAUGGCUGCCUUCCGAUUGAAGGGACGUAAAUCUAAACCUUCUUCCAGGGCUGCAUCUCCAACCCGAUCCAGCUCCAGUGCCAGCCACAGUAAUCAUAGUUGUACCUCCAUGCCAUCAUCACCUGCAACUCCAGCCAGUGGAAACAGAACCUUCACCCGUUGUUAUGACAAACCUUGGUUGACAAACAGUAAAGCCUCUACUCCCACUAAGUGCCCAGACUCCCAUGUGUUCCAGAUCCCGAGCAUUGAGGUGACAUCUACACAGGGCAGUAAACUCAGACGACUAAGCACCCACUCCAGUAAAGCAUCGCUCACUGGAGACAAUGGUAAUCCAGCUGCCACUAAAUCCAGCAAAACUGAUUCUAAAAGGACACCAAGUAGGCCAACGAGUCGUGCUGGGAGUCGUGCCGGCAGCAGGGCAAACAGUCGGCGUGGUAGUGAUGCUUCAGAUUUUGACCUUUUGGAAACACAGUCAAUGUGUUCAGAUAUUUCUGAAUCCAGCACAGCAGGAUCCCAAGCAAGUUCAAGAAAAAGUUCUACAAAACCUUCAAAAAUCCCAACACCCUCCAAGAAAGCCACCCCAAAAAACACAAGCACCAGAAGAUAAUGUAAAUAAUACAGUGGAAUAGUCACUUCUCUCCCCCUCGCUUUUUCUUUCGCGCACUCAUGCGCUGUCUCUCACGCGCGCACUGUCUCUGUCUCUCGCGCUCUCGCUGUCUCUCUCUCGCGCUGUCUCUCUCUCUCUCGCGCUGUCUCUCUCUCUCUCUCGCGCUGUCUCUCUCUCUCUCUCGCGCUGUCUCUCUCUCUCUCUCGCGCUGUCUCUCUCUCUCUCUCGCGCUGUCUCUCUCUCUCUCGCGCUGUCUCUCUCUCUCUCGCGCUGUCUCUCUCUCUCUCUCGCGCUGUCUCUCUCUCUCUCUCGCGCUGUCUCUCUCUCUCUCUCGCGCUGUCUCUCUCUCU